AUGGCGCCCACCGCGGCAGGCGCCGCGGCCAACCGCCGGUUGACAGCGGCGGCCGCGCAUGCAGCUGCCCGCGGGCGCGGGAAGGUGGAGGUGUGGCGGAUCGAGAACAGCGUGAGCCGGCAGGUGACGUUCUCGAAGCGGCGGCGCGGGCUGGCGAAGAAGGCGCGCGAGCUCGCCGUGCUCUGCGACGCCGACGUCGCGCUGCUCGUCUUCUCCGACAAGGGCAGGCUCCACGACUUCGCCGCGCACGACGGCAGCAUGGAGCGAAUCCUUGACCGAUAUGAGAGGUAUUUACUAUGUGAAGGUGGGGAUGUGAUGGAAGACCGCCCUGAAGAAACGCAGGGCAACAUGAGCUAUGAUCACAUCAAGUUGAGGUCCAAAAUUGAGGCUCUGCAGAAGAGCCAAAGGAAUCUGAUGGGGGAGCAACUUGAGUCCCUGACAUUCAGAGAGGUGCAGCAGCUUGAGCACCAGAUAGACAGCGCUCUGAGGAGCAUCAGAUCCAGGAAGGACCACGUCUUGCUCAACUCGAUCGAGGAGCUCCGAAAGAAGGAAAGGUUUCUGAUGGAACAAAAUACUCUUCUUGAGAAGGAGAAGGCUGCAUUAUUGGAUCCAUCCCUGCACGCCAAGAACAGCCCAGCUUCCUCUACAUCAGCAGAAGGCGCCGCCGUUCCCAACCUGAACAUCUGUGCCGCCGACUCCGACGACGAGCCAGCACCACCGCCGGCGGCGCCACAUGGAGCGGCGACCGGUUUGCCGUGGUGGCUGCUCCGUCCGCCUGCCUCUGGCCAACGCGGCGGCUAG